AUAUAGUGAAUGCAGGGUCCUGGGAGACCAGAUAUAGUGAAUGCAGGGUCCGGGGAGACCAGAUAUAGUGAAUGUAGGGUCCUGGGAGACCAGAUAUAGUGAAUGUAGGGUUCGGGGAGACCAGAUAUAGUGAAUGCAGGGUCCGGGGAGACCAGAUAUAGUGAAUGUAGGGUCCGGGGAGACCGGAUAUAGUGAAUGCAGGGAUCCAGGAAGACCAGAUAUAGUGAAUGCAGGGUCCAGGGAGACCAAAUAUAGUGAAUGCAGGGUCCGAGGAGACCAGAUAUAGUGAAUGCAGGGUCUGGGGAGACCA